AUGGGUAAACAUCUCUCUUUCUUUCUACUGCUAUUCUCCUUCAUUUCAGGAGGAACCUUGAUGAAGAUAAAUGGACAGAAAACAUGGUGCAUAGCUAAGCCAUCGUCAGACCAGGCAACUCUUUUGACAAACAUAAACUAUGCAUGUUCUAAAGUGGAUUGCCAAAUCAUACAAAAAGGCUGUCCAUGUUUCAAUCCAGAUAAUCUCAUCAACCAUGCUUCCAUUGCCAUGAAUCUUUACUACCAAUCCAUGGGUAGAAACGUUUGGAACUGCGAUUUCAAAGGAUCUGGUCUCAUUGUCAUCAGUGAUCCAAGUUAUGGCAACUGCCUUUAUGCGUAGCAAGCGGCCAUUGAUGCAAGCAA